UCGUAUAUAAUGAUCAUACUUCGCCUCCAUCUAGCUUUCUUACCUCGGCUUCUUCCCUUUUCUUCCAUCUUCUUCGACGUGGAGCCGGCCCAACCAUGGUUCACGUCAGUUUCUACCGCAACUAUGGAAAGACCUUUAAGAAGCCACGACGUCCGUAUGAGAAGGAGCGCUUGGAUGCGGAGUUGAGACUUGUAGGAGAGUAUGGGCUCCGAUGUAAGAGGGAGUUGUGGAGGGUUCAGUAUGCUUUGAGUCGUAUCCGUAAUGCUGCUAGGGACCUUCUCACCCUUGAUGAGAAGAACCCUCGUCGUAUUUUUGAAGGUGAAGCACUUCUUCGUAGGAUGAACAGAUAUGGACUUUUGGAUGAGAGCCAGAACAAGCUUGAUUAUGUCUUGGCUUUGACUGUUGAGAAUUUUCUUGAGCGUCGCUUGCAAACACUAGUGUUCAAGAGUGGUAUGGCCAAGUCGAUUCACCAUGCUCGUGUGUUGAUCAGACAAAGGCAUAUCAGGGUUGGGAGGCAAGUUGUGAACAUCCCAUCCUUCAUGGUGAGGGUUGACUCACAAAAACAUAUUGAUUUCUCUCUCACAAGUCCGUUUGGAGGUGGCAGGCCAGGAAGAGUGAAGAGAAGGAACCAGAGAGCGGCUGCAAAGAAGGCUGCCGGUGGAGAUGGCGAUGAAGAAGAAGAUGAGUAAACCAUCGGCAACCCUUUAAAAGCCCAUUUCUUUGGAACUUACAUCCUCCAUUGUCAUAGACAUGGUUUUGAGUUUUACUUGCUGAACAUUGUAGUGGAUCGUGAUAUAUGUUUUGCAUUUACUAUUGUUGUU